GAUACGCAAUCGCCAUGCAGUCUGCUCGAGCGAUCGAGAUGGUCUUCUGAUGAAAAACGGGAUGGAUCUUUGAACGAGACGCGUACAGCACAGUGCAGUACAUGUAUGUAUUCAGAGAGAGAGCAAUACAUGUAGAAUGGAAGAUGAAUCCUUACUAUUGUUGUCCGACAAGAUUGCCAAGUGUGCACUAGACCACUACCAGAACGUGCUGCCCACCAAUAAGGGCAAACCCAAGGACAAUGAAUGGACGGUCUAUGCCGCCAUGGUGGCCACUUUUGGAAAGGAUGACAUGUGGGUUGUGAGUUGUGCCACGGGUACCAAAUGUGCCACUUUUAUUACAGCAGCAGACGACCAUACUACUAAAGAAGAAUUGGCUCGCGCCGAGACGGCCAUUGUGAGAGACUGUCAUGCCGAAGCUCUGGCCCGACGAGGUCUUGUACACGUCUUGUGGAAGGAGUUACAACAGCUCAUGAAUAAUGUAGUUUCGAAAAAAGAAGACUCGAGCGGCGGAACGAAAGAAGAAGACGACGACCAUAACAAUCCACAGAGGAAGCUCUUGGAGUUGACACAGAAAGCGCCACAACAACAGUUCCAGUUACGAUCUGGCAUCCAGUUGCAUUUGUACAUUAGCGACUCCCCCUGUGGUGAUGCCUCCAUUUAUCCAUUGCAAGAAGAACCGUACGGAGAUGGAGGCGUCAAUAAUUUUACGGGCGCCAAGAUUAUUGUUUCCGAGAAUACGAGAGUCAACGCGGCCGAUUGUGGUGGCCGUCAUCAGUUGUUACAUUCCUCUUCUGCCACAAACAAAAAAGAUCACAACAACAACAACAACACUCACAAGAAUGUGGUGGCACGAGAAAAUGUGCAGCUAUUGGGAAAACUACGAACCAAGUCGGGACGAUCCAAUCUCACACCGCAACAUCGAACCUCCUGCAUGUCCUGUUCCGAUAAACUGGUCCGGUGGUCCAUUUUGGGAUUGCAAGGAUCUGUCUUGUCGCGGUUCCUUCCCAAUCCCAUACGGUUGGCGUCCAUUGUCGUCAGCCAAGAUCCGCGUUGUUGUUCCAAACAAGAUUGUCAACAAGAUGCCCUUGAUCGGGCUACCAAGGGACGCGUCAUGGACACGUGGAAGCACUUGCAGCAAUCAUCACAACAACAACUCGAACCACAAGAGUCGCCCACAACAAACAAGCAUCCAUAUCAUCUGGAUGACGACGAUGGCCCCACCGUGGCCAUUGUUGCUCGAAAAUUUCAGUCUGGCAAAGCCGCCAUGGAGUUUCAUCAUCUGCAAUCGACAAAUAAGACCAACGGAGAGAACAGCAAAUCCUCGAGUGAAGCUUCUGGCAAACCACACAACUCCAACAACAAAAAGCGCAAGCGAGACACAACACAUGUUGUCAAAAAGGCAAGUCCUUGUGGGAUGUCUCUGACGUGGGAUCAAACCAUGGGAAACGACAAACAAAAUAAUAAUAAUAUCGAAUUGAUUGUGGGAGCACGCGGCAUCUGUCAAGGGAAGAAACCAAAGCAAUUGUCCGACUACACCAAAUUGGCAUCCCGGCUCAGCCGCUACAAGAUCUUGGAAAUGGCCCAAUCGGUCGUGGUCCAACUUGCUUCUGCUCCAACAACAACCAACACACGUGAGGAUGAACCAGUUACUAGAGAUUCUGCCAAGCAGCCUUGUUCCUACAGACAAUGGAAGCAGGACUGGGGGGAUGCUACGGCACAGAAGAUUAGAAAGAUCGUGUUUUCGGGUGGACCUUUGAAUGGCUGGUUGACGUCCUGAUCGAUGUAUGUUUCAAGCUACAGUACUGUGUUGCUCGCUGGGGCGAGUUUCGUGAUGCAACUCUUAAUGAAGCUCCAACAGCUACUAGUACGGCCGCAUCUGCAUUCAUGGAACUCAAUCAACGGUACAAAACACGGGUGAACUCAAUCUGCAAAGAGCUUUGGCCAAGUUAAAACUACAAAAACUGCCAAAGGAACCAGCAGCAACAACAACCACUCUCAAAACAUCUUCCCGGCACCACCACCCACCAUCGGCUCUACCGGAAUGGGGCGAAUGUUGCUUUUCUUUAUCAAAUCCCUGCUGCUCAUGUCAUCCGUAUCACCUCGUCGCAGUGCCCCCCCUUGGUAGACAAUGUUCUGCUCCGCAGGAGCGGAAAAGUGCACAUUCAGCUGGUUCCCCAACUGAUACAGGAAACGAAACACUUCGGUCCGGUCAUUCUUGAUGCGACCAGCCUCCUGCCACGGGCUUCGGUGACGAAUUGCAAAGGAGAGAUUCACAGCCUCAUUGCCAACAUCCGCCAUGUCGUGACGCACAAACGCCAAAGUUUCCCAAACGCGAGGUCUUUCGCUCACAAACUUCUGGAUCGCCUUUUUGAAUUGCUCGAGCUUGUUGCCUUCCAAGAUGGAAAUGUGUGCACUGAAAGGAAAGUUGAGGAUUGCAUUGGGGGACCGCGCCAAGUUGACUAUUCUCGUCGAGGAAAGAGACCUGCCAGGGAGAAUGCGACAUGUGAGCAGCAUGCUGCCAUGAUGGCGGACGAGACAUCCAAUGAAACUGAACUUACCAGUUGUUGACAGUACAGACUUCGUUCGUUCUGGCAUAUCGCAACGUUGUGGUGGCGAGAGUGACUUCUUCGACGAGCCAUGAAUUCUUGGGUACAUCCGGCAAGGGGUCGAUACAAUCGGCACUUGACAUGAUGAUUCGGCUGAAAAGGACAUGCAAUGACAGACCGAAGAAGAGGAAAGGAUGGUUGAGAGCAAAGCAAGAUUGGUGGAGCCCAUGACCAUUCGCGAAACACUCAACGUACUCUCCCAGGUCGAACGGACGCCGAACAGCAAUGAGGAAAACCCUGGAGAAAGGGAGGGCAUGUAUUGUGAGCACAUUGAGACCGCGAAACAGAGCCAUGUGGACCGUCGUUGCUUACCCUUCGACGUAGUGAGAAAUGCUACUUCCCAAAGCAAAGGAAACAGAAACAAGCAGGGACGUGAUCGAUACCAUGAGCGUCCACGGAUGGAGCUGCAGCACACUUGACAAGAACAAGACCAGGACAAAGUAGAAGAGGGCAUUGAAAAGCCUCUCCAAUACUCGAUCCAGCAAGGACGCACUCCUCACGGAUGCUCUUAGGAAUACGAGCUUUUUAUAGCAGGAGUCAAUAGAUUGGAUGAACGGUAGAAGUGGAAUUUUGCCGCACCUGUCCGGGGUGAAGAGCUUUCGAAUCUUCCUCUUCUUUCCUUCAUUCAGGGUUUUGCCAUCAUCUCCCAAGCAAAGCAAGCCCAAAACAUCAAAAGGAAGGACAUCAUUAUGUUUCCUUCCUCCACUCGCAUCAAGAUUGUUGUCGCUUUCAUGGGCUAGUUUUAGCAAGCGGUAGUAUACGGAGUGACUGUUGGCAAUGCACUCAUCACGGGAUGCAGUGGAACCGAAAGCUUCUCCAAAGAUAUUAUCUUCUUCAAGAUGAGAAAGAGCACGUCGAAACUUCAAGAUUUCGUGAAUUGAUAUAUCCGAAACCUUGUCCGAAUCAGAGCCGGGUUCGUCCCACGAGUCCAACAUAUCUUUGAGGUGGAUUCGUCCACUCUCCGUCCUUCGAAGCGUGUGACGUGACGGUUUAGGAGGACUGGUGGGUACAGGCUUGUCAGCGCUGGACGGUGGCACAGGCUUGUCAGCAAAGGAAGUACGUUUCUCAGUGUUGGCAGGUGUUUUGUUGGCGGGUUCGUCGGGGGUCUUGGAGGAAAACUCGGAUGUGUUGGAGUCCUGAUACUCGAUCUUUGGUAUCCAAAGGAUAUCGUUCAAGUUUUGCUGCACAAGGGAAGGCGACAUGAGAUCCCAACUCGGCGGUUCCUCCUCUGAAGAGGAUUCCUCCACUUCCUCCUUCUCUGCUUGCUCUGCCAGGGUGGCUACCUCGUCUAUUAGAACAAUAUCGGCCAGGGUCUUCUUGAGCCUCCCCCGGAAUUCAACUUAGAGUAGCAGCAUGCCAAAGGUGUCAGUCAGCAAAUCCAUUAAAUGGCAUAACUCGGUCUCUCUCUAUAUAAGUUCACGUACCAACUUGCUUCCGUCCAAACCGCAAUGCAAAAAUGGUCCUCUUGGC